UCAUGGGUCAAGAAAAUUCUAAAGCAAUCGAUCUCACUAAUUAAAUGCAUCCAGCCGGCGUCUGUUGCUAGACACCCGUGAACGAAGAAGCCACGACUCUUCGACGGCGAUACAUCCACCGUCUCUGAAUACACCUCUCCCCUGCGCCUGAUACAGACGCACCACCUCCGCCUCCGCCUCCGCCUGACCCAGAGGGCCCCUACUGGCUGCCUCCGCCUCCGCCCCCACCCAGACCGCCGUAUGUACCGCCUGCAGAACCACCUCCGGUGCCCCAUGGGUCCAUAUCAACCGGGGUAAUUGCAGGAGUAGUGAUUGGUUCGGUGCUGAUGAUGAUAGUGGGGUUAGUAUCUGCUGGUUUGUUUAUAUGGAGAAGGAACAGGGCGAGAGAAAGAGAAAACCCCUCUGCACCACCACAACCCCAAGUAUGUAUUUUUGCAGACGUCAACCACCCACAGUUAGAAAGCCAUGACCGGCCAUCAGCCUCGGCCAUGACUUCUCAAUCACAACUAGAGACACACUUGAACGAAGAAGCCACAGCUCUUCGACGGCGAUAUGUCUUUGCCCUCUCUGCCUGUACGCCACAAGACUCCCGGCCGUCCCGCCGCCUCCUCUCCUACAGUGAUGAAUACUCUAUAGAGUUGGCACCGUCUACCUCGCCAUCUCUAACCUCGCCGUCUCCCUCGCCCUCUUACCCGCCGCCUCCUUCCCCACCGGCCGGACCACAGCUAGGCGAUCUAUUACUGGGGGCUUUGCUUAGCUCGCUGAUGACUCUGUUGCUGCUGACUUUGGUGAUUGGUGUCUUUUACGUAUGGAGAAAGAGGAGGCACUCACCACAACCACCAAACCAACCAGCAGCUGCUGAAGAGGUUGCAGUCUCGCUUCUACCAUCUUCCAUUGCUUUUGAACACUCACCGGGCACAUUUACAUAUGAAGAAUUAGAGUUGGCAACAGAUGGAUUCUCAGAGUCAAAUUUUCUGGGCCAAGGCGGUUUUGGCACUGUCCAUAAAGGAGUUCUUCCUAAAAAUAAUCAAAGUGUCGCCAUUAAGCAGCAAAGAUCUGGAAGCAGACAGGGAAUGCAAGAGUUCCAGACUGAAGUGAAGGUCAUUAGUCGAGUCCAUCACAGACAUCUUGUUUCCCUUGUUGGCUACUGCAUUGCUGAAUCUCAAAGGACGUUGAUGCUUGUUUAUGAGUUUGUCCCUAAUAAAACCCUAGACUUCCAACUCCACGGAGAAGAUACAGAAACUCUGGACUGGUCAACAAGGAUGAAGAUUGCUAAUGGCUCUGCAAAGGGAUUGGCAUAUCUGCAUGAAGACUGUGAACCCAAAAUCAUACAUCGUGACAUCAAGGCAGCAAACAUUCUUAUUGAUAACAAUUUUGAGCCAAAGAUUGCAGAUUUUGGACUUGCCAAACUUUCAUCAGACACUGAUACCCAUGUCACUACAGCUCGAAUAAAAGGAACCUUUGGAUACUUGGCUCCAGAAUAUGCAUCUAGCGGGAGACUCACAGAGAAGGCAGAUGUCUUCUCCUUUGGUGUCGUGCUCUUGGAGUUGAUUACUGGCCGAAAACCUGUUCUUCAAACUGGGUCUUUUACAGAAGACAGCCUGGUUGAGUGGGCAAGAAGGUUACUCUCCACGGCAUUGGAUAAUCGAAAUUUUGAGGUUCUUGCUGAUCCAAAGUUGCAGAAUAAUUACAACUCCGAAGAGAUGUUUCGAAUGGCUUCUUGUGCUGCAAAUUGUGUGCGCCACUCAGCAGAUCGUCGUCCUCGAAUGAGCCAGGUAGUGGAUGGUUUAGCAGGAAAGAUUAGCGUGGAUAAUUGGAACGAGGAGAGCACAGAAGUGGACCUGAACAAGUUUUGGAAGGGGGCACUAGGCGGAGGCAAUAGCACUGGAGAAUACAGUGAACCUAGCAGUUCAUCAAGCCGCGAAAAUACAACUGAAGGCUCUUCUUGAGCUUCUGCUGAAUACACAUUUAUCUGUUGGCUUUUUACAAUACCAUUUCUAAUUAUAUGCAUUGGUAUUGCUCCUUGAUAAAAACUUUCUCAUUAUAUACAAUCUACUUUGA